UCGCCGUCCAAAGAGGUCACCAUUCCCUCGCCUGACAAGGAAGACCUGUUGGCGCUCGUGGCCCGCUUCUGGCAGAGGAGGAAGCGUCUGGUCGCCGCCCUCGGGCUCGCCCUGGCCAUGGGCCUCAUCCUGCUCAUCGCCAUCCCCAUCCUGCUGCAGGCGCCCUCCGCCACCCGCGCUCACUACGAGAUGAUGGGCACCUGCCGCAUGAUCUGCGACCCCUACAGCGCCAGCAGCGUGGCCGCCGCCGGACCCUCCGGCCGUCCCGGGAGCACCGCCGCUCUGGAGGCCCUGCAGGAGCUGAGCGCCCACCCGCCGUCUCCCCUGCCGCCAUUCUUCCAGGGACCCAAGGGCGAUCCUGGACGCCCGGGCAAGCCGGGACCAAGGGGACCUCCCGGGGAACCGGGCCCUCCAGGCCCGAGGGGUCCCCCUGGAGAGAGGGGGGAUUCGGGGAAGCCGGGACUUCCGGGCCUAUCGAUGUCCCGAAUCGGACCGCCCGGAGCAGCGACUACAGUCGGAGUAGGCGGGUCGGGCGUGAGUGGCAGUAGCAGCCCGCCGCCGGGAGGAGAGAUAACCGGCGCUCUGAGCGCUGUCUUCAGCGGCCCCAGGAUCGCCUUCUACGUGGGCCUGAAGAGCCCCCACGAGGGCUACGAAGUGCUCAAAUUCGACGACGUGGUGACCAACUUGGGGAACCACUACGAGCCCAGCACGGGGAAGUUCACCUGCCAGGUGCGCGGCAUCUACUUCUUCACCUACCACAUCCUCAUGCGCGGCGGGGACGGCACCAGCAUGUGGGCAGAUCUCUGCAAGAACGGCCAGGUGCGAGCCAGCGCCAUUGCUCAGGAUGCUGACCAGAAUUACGACUAUGCCAGCAACAGUGUAGUGCUCCACCUGGACUCGGGAGACGAAGUCUAUGUCAAAUUGGAUGGAGGCAAAGCCCAUGGAGGCAACAACAAUAAAUACAGCACUUUCUCUGGCUUUCUUUUGUAUCCUGAUUGA